AUUUUCAAUUUUUUUCUUAGCUUUCAUUUUCCUAUCUUGUAUUCAUUUUCAAUUUUUUCUACUGAUUUUUACUCCAACCGAUUUAUCUACUUGUUCCAUUCCCUCUCAGCACUCAUUUUCUCCUACCUUUGUUUCCUUGUAAAUCUAGUCCACAAAAGAAAAUUUGUAGAAUUCAGACUUGAGAGGAUCUAGGGAAAGACACAAGAGGCUGUUUUUCUUUAUUAGACUAGCCAGUGAAGAAUUAAUUAAGGAGAUGGCUGUGGAAAUCAUAACUGCUAUUUUGAGCCCAGUCGCAGAACACUUGAUACUGCCAGUUGCUCGACAGAUUGGGUAUUUGAUUUACUAUAGGCGCAACAUCAGGUCUCUGGAUGAAGAAUCUAAUAAGCUCGAGAAUAUCAGAAGUGGGGUGAAUCAAAGAGUGGAGGCUGCCCGGAGAAACUUACAAGUCAUUUCACCCAAUGUUGAGGCUUGGUUAACUAGUGUUGAUACUACUACUGCUGAUGUGGCAGUUGUAAUGGGAGGUCGAACUGAGGUUGAAAGGGGUUGCAUCUACGGUUGGUGUCCAACAUUGAAGUCACGUUACUUGCUGAGCAGGAGAGCUAAGAAAAUUACACUGGAAGUUACUAAACUUCAAAAGGAAGGUAACGAGCAUGCUGUUUUCUGCUAUCCGGUUCCAGCUGAUGAAAUUGAAGCUAUACCUAGUAACACUAAUGAGGAGUUUGUCUCCAGAAAACAAAAGAAGGAAGAGGUCAUGGCAGCUUUGAGAGAUGAGGAGAUUACUAUUGUUGGGAUAUGUGGUAUGGGUGGUGUUGGUAAAACAACACUGGCUGAGAAAGUAAGAGCAAGGGCAAAACAAGAAAGGUUAUUUAAUGAUGUUGUCAUGGUAACUGUCAGUCAACAACAAGACCUGAAAAGAAUUCAGGGCGAGAUCGCCGGAGAGGUCGGGCUGACGUCAUUGCAAGGAGACAAUUUGUUAAGUCGUGGAGAUCAGCUCCGUGCAAGGUUAAUGCAAAAAGGAAGUCGCGUCCUUGUAAUUUUGGAUGAUGUUUGGGAGGCUCUUUAUGAUCUAGAGAAACUUGGAAUUCCCACUGGUAGCAACCACAACUAUCAGUGCAAAGUGGCAUUGACGACGCGCCUCCGAGAUGUUUGUGACGCUAUGGAGGCUCAAAAGAUUGUAGAUGUUGGAAUCUUAUCUGAUGAAGAAGCAUGGGUCCUUUUUAGGCAGAAAGCUGGUUAUUCAGCUGAUGAUCCCUCUCUUCCUGAAGUAGCAAAAGAUGUUGCCAAAGAAUGCAAGGGGUUGCCACUUGCAAUUGUUACUGUUGCAGGAGCACUAAAGGGUAAAACGAAGCCUUCAUGGGAGGAUGCCCUUGUAGAAUUACAAAAAUCAGUACCAAAAAAUAUCCCAAAAGUGCUUACAAAGGUGUAUCAACCUCUGAAGACAAGCUAUAAUCACUUAGAGAGUGAUGAAGCCAGGUAUGUCUUUUUGCUUUGUUCCUUGUUUGAGGAAGAUAGUAAUAUUUGGACUGAAGAAUUACUUAGAUAUGGAGUGGGGCUUGGCAUCUUUUCAGAACUUGAAAAUUUAGAACGUGCAAGAAAUAGGGUGUCUAAUCUGUUAGAAACAUUGAAAAAUUGUUUCUUGUUAUCCCAAGGUUCAGGUAAAGAUUAUGUCAAAAUGCAUGAUGUGGUCCGGGACGUGGCUAUAUAUAUUGCAUCUGAGGGUAAGCAUAUUUUUAUGGUAAGUCACGAUGUGAACUCCAAAGAGUUCCCAAGAAAAGACUCUUACGAGCAAUAUAGUCAUAUGUCAAUUGUUGCAAAUAAGUUUGAUGAGCGUCCCAGACCAAUAUCUUGCCCACGACUGAAGCUUCUGAUGUUAAAAUUCCGUUUCAAAGAGGGUUUCAAACUACAAGAUGGUUUUUUUGAUGGAACGAGUAAACUCAGUGUCAUAAGCCUGAGUGGAUCUGGUCGAAACUCCCUUCUGCCCUUUCCAUCAUCCAUUCAGAGGUUGUCAAAUCUGAAGACGCUGUGUCUGAGUAAUCUAAGGUUGGAUGACAUGUCUAUUAUUCGGGAACUAGUCUCUUUAGAAAUUCUCAGCAUCAGAGAUUCUUACUUGAAGGAGCUUCCGGUGGAGAUAGGAAACUUAACCAAUCUAACUAUGCUAGAGUUAACCAAUCCAGCUAUGCUAGAGUAUUGGAAUAUUGGAAAAGAACGUAUGAGGAUUUCACCAGGGGUGUUAUCAAGAAUAGUUCGAUUGGAGGAACUACAUCUAGUGGGAGUAGAAGAUUGUAGUUACUCCACCUUGAGGGAGCUGGAAUCGUUAUCGAGAUUGACUGCACUGACAUUAGAUGGAUGUUCUAAAGAUGUGAUUUACAGUAACUUGGGCCUUUCCUCCAAGUUGACACGGUACGCUCUUAAAAUGGGUGGACGCUACACGAUUACUUCAUUCAUGGAAACUUACAACAAGGCUAUCGAUCUAGACGUCACCAAGGGCACCCCAUUGGGUGAUUGGAUCCGCCUCCUGUUGAGGAAUAGCGAAUGUGUAAGUUCAAGCGGAAAGGGCUCCAAGAAUGUAGUGUUCGAGUUGCAGAAUGUGAAAGAUCUCAGGCUGUCUGAUUGUGAUUCAUUGAAUAUCCACUAUCAGAAUAAUAUUUCAUUCCCCAAACUCGAAAGGCUGGAGGUAAUCUAUUGUGGUCAUCUACGGCAUCUUUUUUGUGUGUCCUUAGCUUGCCCUGAUGAUGAAGAAGAAGGGAUCUCUCGAGGGACACAUAUCAGAGGUGACGUAAUUAAGUUCCCCAAUUUAUAUUGCUUGAAACUUGAUGAUCUGGAAUGCUUCACACACUUUUGCAGUGACACUGUUGAGGGCAUUGAGUUCUCUCUGUUACGGGAAAUGCAUUUGAAGGAAUUACGAGUGUUCCAAAAUUUCUGGCCAACAGCCAACAAUGCCAUCACCGACUCAAAUCCUCUUUUUAAUGAAAAGGUUUCUUGUCCCAACCUGGAAGAGCUAUAUAUCAAUGAGGCUGACAGCAUAAGUUCUCUAUGCUCUCACCAACUUCCAACUGCCUACUUCAGCAAACUUGAGACAUUGAAAGUAAAUGAGUGUGGAAAAUUGAGAAACUUGAUGUCUCCAUCAGUGGCCAGAGGUCUUCUGAAUCUCCGAAAGCUAAAGAUAGAAAAAUGUCCAGUAAUGGAAGAAGUGAUCACAGAAGAGGAACAAGAAGGAGAAGAAAUCAUGACUAAUGAGCCCUUAUUUCCCCGGUUGGAAAAGCUGAAACUUGCAUGUUUGCCAAUGCUGGGGCAUUUCAUUCUGACUAAGCGUGCUCUUGAAUUUCCAUUUCAUAAAAGAGUGGUUAUUUAUAAAUGCCCUAAAAUGAAGACAUUUAUCCAACAGGGAAUUGUGAGUACACUGAGUUUCGAAAGUGUGAACAAUAAUGAUGAGCUGAAAAUUGUUGAUCUCAAUAAAGCGAUGUUCAAUUCUAAGGUUACUUGUCCCAACCUUAAAGAGCUAGGACUCUAUGAGGCUAACAGCAUAACUGCUCUGUGCUCUCACCAACUUCCAACUGCCUCCUUCAGCAAACUUUCAGCCUUGGAAGUAGAAUAUUGUGGAAAAUUGAGAAACUUGAUGUCUCCAUCAGUGGCCAGAGGUCUUCUGAAUCUCCGAAAACUAUGGAUAAAAGCAUGCCGAUCAAUGGAAGAAGUGAUUGUAGAAGAGGAACAAGAAGGAGAAGAAAUCAUGUGUAAUGAACCCUUAUUUCCCCGAUUGGAAGAGCUGAGACUUAUCAAUCUGACAAAGCUGGGGCAUUUCGUUCUGACUACGCAUGCUCUUGAAUUUCCAUUCCUCAGAGAAGUGGAUAUUUCUACAUGCCCCGAAAUGAAGACAUUUAUCCAACAAGGAACUGCGAGUACACUGAAUCUCGAAAACGUGAACAAUGAUGAUGAGCUGAAAGUUGUUGACCUCAACAAAGCGAUGUUCAAUUCUAAGGUUUCUUGUCCCAACCUGCAAGUGCUAGAACUCUAUGGGGAUAAGAGCAUAAGUACUCUAUGCUCUCACCAACUUCCAAUGGGCUACUUUAGCAAACUUGAAAAACUGGAAGUAGAAAAUUGUGGAAAAUUGAGAAACUUGAUCUCUCCAUCAGUGGCCAGAGGUCUUCUGAAUCUCCGAACACUACGGAUAAAAGAAUGCCAAUCGAUGGAAGAAGUGAUUACAGAAGAGGAACAACAAGGAGAAGAAAUCAUGACUAAUGAGCCGUCCUUAUUUCCCAUGUUGGAAGAGCUGAUACUCCAUAAGCUACCAAAGCUGGGGCACUUCUUUCAGACAAAGCGUGCUCUUGAAUUUCCAUUCCUCAUAAGAGUGAUGAUUCUUGAAUGCCAUGAAAUGAAGACAUUUGUUCAAAAGGGAUCUGUGAGUACACCGGUUCUCGAAAUUGUGAAUAAUGAGCUGAAAGUAGAUGAUCUGAAUAAAUGGGUACAACAGAGUUUCAAUUCUAAGGAACAAGAAUCUAAUCAAGGUGGAUACCAAUCUGAAGCUAGUGAUCACGAUGAAUCUGAUGCUAUUAAUGACGAUGAAUCUGAAGCUAUCGAGUCUCUAAAGGGUGAACCAUGAUUUUUGGGUGAAAGUAGAUGAUCUGGGUGUAUAGAAAACAACCUCUCUCAAGAUGGCAGUGAAUCUGAAGCUAGAGUGGUGUCUAUGAAUACAAAGCUAGGAAGGUAAUACUUGAUGAAAUAGUCCAAGUGCAUCCAAGUCAGCUCGAACAUUACCUGAUAUCUAUGCUCGUGAUGGAGGCCGGUAACAAGCAGAGAUGGGUCCACAUUAUAAUCACGUAAAACCCGGCAGCUUUUACCGAGAGACUUUGUAUCAUCUGUAUUUGUAAUUUCUAGAAAAUAGUUGAAUGUGGAUGCAAUUAUUAUUUUUAUUAAUAUAUAUGAACUUGUGGUCACUGUAGGAUUUUAUAAACUUUUAAAGUUUGAGUUCUCUCUUCCUUUUGAUGCUAUAUAAAGGCUUCGAUCAUUUUCUUUUGAUGC